GAAGUGGAGCAGCGAGAGGGCCGGGUGGUUGGCGGAGAGGGGAGGCCGGGGGAAGUUAUUACAGGCAACGCUCUUCCGGCGCAAGGGGCCGGAAGUUGUGGCCCGACCGUGUCAGCCUGGGGGCUGCAGACUGAGAGUGCAGCUGCAACAGCGACCAUGGGCGGGAAGAACAAGCAGCGGACUAAGGGGAAUCUGAGGCCUUCCAACAGUGGCCGAGCUGCAGAACUUCUUGCCAAAGAAAAGGGAACAGUGCCUGGAUUUAUUGGUUUUGGAACAUCUCAGAGUGACCUAGGCUAUGUUCCUGCUAUUCAAGGCGCUGAAGAAAUUGACAGUCUUGUAGAUUCUGAUUUCCGAAUGGUGCUGCGGAAGCUUUCUAAGAAAGAUGUCACGACAAAAUUAAAAGCUAUGCAGGAAUUUGGAACCAUGUGUACAGAGAGAGACACAGAAAUUGUAAGAGGAGUUCUUCCAUAUUGGCCAAGGAUUUUCUGCAAAAUUUCACUUGAUCAUGACCGCCGGGUUCGAGAAGCUACACAGCAAGCUUUUGAAAAACUUAUCCUUAAAGUAAAGAAGCAGUUGGCUCCCUAUCUAAAAAGUUUAAUGGGAUAUUGGCUGAUGGCUCAGUGUGAUACUUACACACCAGCUGCGUUUGCAGCAAAAGAUGCAUUUGAAGCUGCUUUUCCUCCAAGCAAACAACCUGAAGCCAUAGCAUUUUGUAAGGAUGAAAUUACAAGUGUGCUGCAGGAUCAUCUUAUAAAAGAAACACCUAAUACACUCAGUGACCCACAAACUGUUCCAGAGGAAGAAAGAGAAGCUAAAUUCUAUCGGGUUGUAACUUGUUCCUUGUUGGCAUUAAAGAAAUUGCUUUGCCUCUUACCUGAUAAUGAGCUUGAUUCUCUGGAGGAUAAAUUUAAGUCUCUUUUAUCACACAAUAAGUUUUGGAAGUAUGGAAAACACAAUGUACCUCAGAUUCGCUCAGCUUAUUUUGAGUUAGUUUCUGCUUUGUGCCAGCGCAUUCCACAAUUGAUGAAAGAGGAAGCAUCCAAAGUGAGCCCAUCGGUUCUACUUAGCAUUGAUGACAGUGACCCAAUUGUCUGCCCAGCUCUCUGGGAAGCUGUACUGUAUACACUUACAACUAUUGAAGAUUGUUGGCAUCAUGUAAAUGCAAAAAAAAGUGUGUUUCCCAAGCUGUCAACUGUGAUUCGUGAAGGUGGUCGGGGUCUAGCUACUGUCAUAUAUCCUUAUCUCCUGCCAUUUAUCAGCAGACUCCCUCAGUCCAUCACAGAUCCAAAGUUGGAUUUCUUCAAAAAUUUUCUUACCUCUCUAAUUGCAGGGCUGUCAGCAGAGAGAACCAAAAUCAGCUUUUCAGAGUGCUCAGCAGUAGUGUCUGCCUUUUUUGAAUGCUUACGUUUUAUAAUGCAGCAAAACUUAGGUGAGGAAGAGAUUGAACAGAUGCUCGUCGAUGAUCAGUUGAUCCCUUUUAUUGAUGCAGUUCUCAAAGACCCAGGAUUGCAACAUGGGCAGCUAUUUAACCAUUUAGCAGAAACCUUAAGUUCCUGGGAAGCCAAAGUAGACAUGGAAAAGGAUGAUAAAAUGGCUCACAAAUUGGAGGAUGUACUGCUACAUUUCUGGGAGAGACUGUCAGAGAUCUGUGUUGCAAAAAUCAACGAGCCAGAAACUGAUGUUGAGUCUGUUUUGGGUGUAUCUAACCUAUUACAGGUUCUUCAGAAGCCAAAGAGCUCAUUGAAGUCAAAUAAAAAAAAAAAUGGGAAGGUUAGAUUUGCUGAUGAGAUAUCUGAAAGUAAUAAAGAAAAUGAAAAAUUUGUAUCCUCAGAAGGAAAGAACAGUGAAGGCAUAGAAUUAACAACUGAACCUUCUCUCACUCAUAAUUCUUCAGAUCUUUUGUCUCCUUUAAGGAAGAAACCUUUGGAAGACUUAGUCUGUAAACUCGCAGAGAUGAGUAUUAAUUAUGUCAUUGAACAAAAGUCAGAGCAACAUCUAAGGUUUCUUUCUACUCUGCUUGACUCCUUUUCUUCAAACCAAGUAUUUAAAAUGCUUCUUGGUGAUGAAAAGCAGAGAAUCGUCAAAGCUAAACCUCUUGAAAUAGCCAAACUUGCCCAGAAACAUCCCGCGGUACAGUUUUUGUACCGGAAACUAAUAGAUUGGCUAAAUGAAGAUCAAAGGAAGGAUUCUGGUUUCCUAGUGGAUAUUUUAUACAGUGCCCUCCGUUGCUGUGACAAUGAUACGGAAAGAAAAGAUGUCUUGGAUGAUCUAACCAAGGUGGACCUGAAAUGGAAUUCUCUUCUCAAGAUUAUUGAAAAGGCAUGUUCUAGUUCUGAUAAACAUGCUUUGGUAACUUCUUGGCUGAAAGGCGAUAUUCUUGGAGAAAAAUUGGUAAACUUGGCAGAUUAUCUUUGUAAUAAGGACUUGGAAUCCAAAGUAUCUUCAGAAUCUUACUUCUCAGAAAGAUGGACUCUUCUAAGCUUGGUAUUAUCCCAACAUGUUAAAAAUGAUUACUUGAUUGGAGAAGUAUAUGUUGAAAGAAUUAUUGUUAAACUUCAUGAAACUUUAUCUAAAACAAAGAAUUUGUCAGAAGCUGAAAAUAGUGACUCAUCAGUGUCUUUUAUCUGUGAUGUGGCUUAUAACUAUUUCAGCUCAGCCAAAGGAUGCUUGCUAAUGCCAUCAUCUGAAGAUUUAUUAUUAACUCUCUUUCAGUUAUGUGCUCAGAGCAAAGAAAAAACACAUUUGCCAGAUUUUCUUAUCUCUAAACUGAAAAAUACUUGGCUCUCUGGUGUAAAUUUAUUGGUCCAUCAAAAUGGCAGUACAUAUAAAGAGAGUUCCUUCCUACGUCUGUCUGUUCAGUGGCUGAAGAACCAAGUUCAGUCUUCAUCUUUGGAUAUCAAAAGUCUUCAGAGCCUCUUGUCUGCUGUUGAUGAUUUGCUAAAUGCACUUCGAGAGAGUGAAGAUUCUUAUCUUCUGGGAGUUUAUAUUGGAAGUGUAAUGCCAAACAACAGUGAAUGGGAAAAGAUGAGACAGUCUCUUCCUAUGCAGUGGUUAUAUAGACCUCUUUUAGAGGGAAGAUUGAGUUUGAAUUAUGAGUGUUUCAAAACAGAUUUUAAGGAACAAGAUACAAAGACACUUCCCAGCCAUUUGUGUACUUCAGCAUUAUUGAGCAAAAUGAUUUUAGUUGCACUGAAAAAGAAAAUAACUCUAGAAAAUAAUGAGCUUGAGAUAAUAAUUGCAGAACUGCUCUAUUCACUGCAGUGGUGUGAAGAAUUAGACAACCCAUCCAGUUUUCUAACAGGAUUUUGUGAAAUGCUUCAAAAAAUGAAUAUUACAUAUGAUAACUUACGUGUACUUGGUAAUACUUCUGGCCUUUUGCAAUUAUUAUUUAACAGAUCCAGGGAACAUGGCACACUGUGGUCUCUUAUUAUUGCUAAGUUGAUCCUUUCCCGAAGCAUUUCAUCUGAUGAAGUAAAACCACAUUAUAAGAGAAAAGAAGGUUUUUUUCCACUUACUGAAGGCAAUUUGCAUACCAUUCAAAGUCUGUGUCCAUUUUUGUCAAACGAAGAAAAGAAAGAAUUUAGUGCUCAAUGCAUACCUGCUCUUUUGGGCUGGACUAAGAAAGAUCUUUGCAGUACUGAUGGAGGUUUUGGACAUCUUGCCAUUUUUAAUUCUUGUCUACAAACCAGAAGUGUUGAUGAUGGAGAGCUAUUACAUGGUAUAUUAAAAAUUAUAAUAUCCUGGAAGAAAGAGCAUGAAGAUAUUUUUCUUUUCAGUUGUAAUCUAUCAGAAGCAAGUCCAGAGGUCCUGGGUGUAAAUAUAGAAAUAAUGCGUUUCCUUUCCCUGUUUCUGAAAUAUUGCUCCUCUCCUUUGGCAGAGAAUGAGUGGGACUUCAUCAUGUGCUCCAUGUUGGCUUGGUUGGAGACAACAAGUGAGAAUCAGGCAUUGUAUUCUGUUCCACUUGUGCAACUAUUUGCCUGUGUCAGCUGUGAUUUGGCCUGUGAUCUCAGUGCUUUUUUUGACUCCACAACUCGGGAUACUAUUGGCAGCUUUCCUGUAAAUCUAAUCAGUGAAUGGAAAGAUUUUUUUUCUCAAGGCAUCCACAGUUUGCUUUUGCCUAUUUUGGUGACUGUUACAGGGGAAAACAAAGAUAUCUCUGAAACAUCCUUUCACAAUGCGAUGCUGAAGCCCAUGUGUGAAACAUUAACAUAUAUCUCAAAGGAUCAGCUAUUGAGUCACAAACUUCCUGCAAGAUUGAUUGCUGACCAAAAAACAAACUUGCCCGAAUAUCUCCAGACUUUGUUAAAUACAUUGGCCCCGUUACUACUCUUCAGAGCUAGGCCUGUGCAAAUUGCUGUUUAUCAUAUGCUGUACAAAUUGAUGCCUGAAUUACCACAAUAUGAUCAGGAUAAUCUAAAGUCAUAUGGAGAUGAAGAAGAAGAACCAGCCUUGUCACCACCGGCAGUGCUAAUGUCUCUUCUUAGCACUCAAGAGGACUUACUAGAAAAUGUGUUGGGGUGUAUUCCUGUUGGACAGAUAGUUACUAUAAAACCACUGAGUGAAGACUUCUGUUAUGUCUUGGGAUACCUCCUCACAUGGAAAUUAAUACUUACUUUCUUUAAAGCUGCUUCAUCUCAGCUUAGGGCUCUGUAUUCAAUGUAUCUCCGGAAAACAAAGAGUUUGAAUAAAUUGCUCUAUCACCUGUUCAGGCUUAUGCCAGAGAAUCCAACCUAUUCAGAGACAACCAUUGAGCUCUCAAAUAAGGACCCUAAAACUUUCUUUACUGAGGAGCUCCAGCUGAGUAUUAGAGAAACAGCAGCUCUUCCAUACCAUAUUCCACACUUGGCUUGUUCAGUCUAUCAUAUGACAUUAAAAGACUUGCCUGCCAUGGUUAGGUUAUGGUGGAAUAGCAGUGAGAAGCGUGUUUUCAAUAUUGUAGAUAGAUUUACAAGCAAGUAUGUCAGCAAUGUUCUUUCUUUUCAAGAAAUAUCCUCUGUGCAAACGAGUACACAACUAUUUAAUGGCAUGACGGUUAAAGCUCGAGCUACUACUCGUGAAGUAAUGGCUACUUAUACUAUUGAGGACAUAGUCAUUGAACUUAUAAUACAGCUGCCUUCAAAUUAUCCACUGGGUUCAAUAACAGUAGAAAGUGGGAAAAGAGUAGGAGUAGCUGUUCAGCAGUGGCGGAACUGGAUGCUGCAGUUAAGCACUUACCUCACCCAUCAGAAUGGAAGUAUUAUGGAAGGCUUAGCAUUAUGGAAAAACAAUGUGGACAAACGUUUUGAAGGUGUUGAAGAUUGUAUGAUCUGUUUCUCAGUCAUUCAUGGUUUCAACUAUUCUCUUCCCAAAAAAGCCUGUAGAACAUGCAAGAAAAAGUUCCAUUCAGCCUGCUUGUACAAAUGGUUUACAUCUAGCAACAAAUCCACUUGUCCACUCUGUCGUGAGACUUUUUUCUGAGAUUUUUCAUUGGAAGCGAUUCUUGAAGUAAAUCAAGCAAAAGCAUCGGACUUUAAUUCAUCUUAAUAUGUUGAUGUGGAAGCCAGUGAACAUUACCUUUAAAGAGGAUCUUCUCUGGAAGAAUUAUUUUGGUUAAUGAUCCUAAAAUCAUUUACUUCUCUUUAGAUUGCUUUGUAAAUGUUUAGAAACCUUUUCUUUUAUAAAUAUUACAUAUUUGAGGGAACAUAUUUAUAUUAAUGGUUUAAUCCCUUUGUAUAUUUAAAAAUAAAUACGAAAAAAGCCCUAAGUUACAGAUUUGGAAUUUGUGAAAACAUUAUACAACUAUAUUAUAUUGAUAAGACCAUUCAGUUUCUUGGUUUUUGUUCUAUAAUAGUCCAGGCAAGCUAAAUGCAUUGAGAGAGCUGAUUACAUCUACAGAUAUUUUAAGACUUAUUUAUUAUUUUGACAAUAAAAUUAGUAUUCUGAUAUUUGUAGAUUAUUUUAAUGAUAAAAAUGACACUAAGCUAUUAAUAUGGCUUAUCUCAAGCAAUUUGAAGCAUGCUCUGAAAUCCUGUAUAAGAGUGUAAACUGAACUUUAAGGUGCCUCCUUUAUCAAGGGUUAUGGAAUUCAGAAAAUUAAAUUCAUGACACUGACCUUUUGCUUAUGGAAGAGUUAUUUCAAUGUAUUAGUGAAAUUUGAAUUGUAAACUGUGAAUUUAUUACAGUUUGAGUAAUUCUCCAGAGGGUGAGAAUUUGAGAGAUAUAGUAAUUUGAUAAUUUCAUUCAUGAAGCAGAGUGGUAGUUAUCCGUCUAUUGAGAGGAAAGGAAUGAAUGAAUAUUACUUGAAACUUAAUGAUCUGGUGGGGGAAAAAAGUCUAAAAAUGCUGUAGGAGGCUUUCAAUUUUUUAAGCAAUUGUUGCUAUUUUUACCAAACUUAAGCUAAAUAGGAGAUUUGGGAGAGCAAUUUUUUUUUUGGCCUCCAGAAAUGAAAGAAGGAUUUAGCACUAAGUAAAAUUCAGUAUUAACAUGUUAGGCUGAAGUGUGGAGUGAGUGAAAACCUGCCUUUUGCUACAGCACUAUUAUCCUUAAAAAUUGUGCCCAAUAUAUAAAAGUUUGGAAGUUAGAAUAAUUUUAUUGCAGUCUUCCGUUACAUGGGAAAUGGCGUAUUUAAUAGCAAGGCCACUUGAAAGAUCAGCUAAUUGUCUGUGUUGGAAAUGUUUAAUCAACAAAAUCAACUUAUGUUAAAUAAAAUUACUGCUUGCCAACAACUGGGUAAAAUGACUAUUAUUGAAACAGUAUGAAUGUGGUCAGAGGAUCAUAGUUGAGAGUGAAUUAUUACCUAUAAGUUAUAGGUCUGUUGAGUUGUAUUUCUGGAUGCAGGGUCUUACUUAGUUUUGUUUGUGUCCUAGAAGUUUUCUGUGUAGUGCUUAUCUUCUAGCCUUGAUGCUCAAAAAGAGUCAGUAAGUGAAGUACAAAUUGCAAAAUUUUACUACCUCUUCUUAACCCUUUCCUUAUCUUUCUGUGUCUCUCUCUGACAUUGUAAUUCCAAAGGAUUGUGUUACUCCCUGUGAAAAUUACAUGUUUCCUUUAACAUUGGUUGUUUAAUCAGACUUUCUUUAUAACCUUUCAAGUAUUGAUACUUCUUGGCUUCUGACCCAAACCCCAGAUAGAAAGGAAAAUGGAAUCAUGGAGCAUUGUUUUUCCACGUUAGUAUCAGGGCAUCAGGUAUUUGGUGAAACACUAUAAUUAAGUAGUUAUUAUUAAAUAACUGCACUUCCUACAUAGGACUCAAUAUAUUUCUUUAAGACUUGUAAGUUUAAUUGUAAAGCUUGUUAACUGUUUAUAUGCUAAAGAAAAAGCUUUCCAAAAUAAGACUGAAAUUCAAAACACCACAUUAAUUAAAUUUUUAUUUAUAUUGCUUUGAAAAUUCUAGCAAAAAGAAUAGCCGCCCUUAAAAUUUUAGCAUGACUUUUAAAAGUUGCAUGAGACUCAAAACCUCUUAGUAAAAUUAUUAAUUUAAAAGCCCAAAGUAAGUUGCAAAUUUUUAAAUUUAUUUUUGACUUUUAUUUAUCACACGCUCUAAUGUAUGUAUAUAAAUUUCUGUGGCUUAAAUAAUGUUACUACUUGAUACAUUUUGUGGUGUGAAUAAUUAAUGUUAUUAUUUGAUUGUUAUACCAUAUGUGCCCAUUAAACUCUUAAUUAAAAGGAUUUCAAAUAUACAGAAAAAUAAUAUAAAUGCCCUUGUACUCUUCACAUACUAUUUUGCCAUAUUUGCUUCUGGUUUUUAAAGAAAUAAAAUGUUACUCUUUUAUACUC